CAGGCAUCAGAUCAUUUGGCUCGACAGCGGGCACCGCGUCAUCUGGCAAGGCAGUGGGCUCUGAGUCAACUGGUAUGACCGCGGGCACUGGGUCAGACAUUGGAUCGUCUGACUGGACAGCGGGCACUGGGUCACCAGGCAUCAGGUCAUUUGGCUUGUCAGCGGGCACCGCGUCAUCUGGCAAGGCAGUGGGCUCCGAGUCAACUGGUAUGACCGCGGGCACUGGGUCAGACAUUGGAUCGUCUGACUGGACAGCGGGCACUGGGUCACCAGGCAUCAGGUCAUUUGGCUCGACAGCGGGCACUGCGUCAUCUGGCAAGGCAGUGGGCUCCGAGUCAACAGGCACGACAGUGAGCUCCGGGGCAUCAGGUACCGGAUUGUCUGGCUCGACAGCGGGCAUCGGGUCACCAGGCAUCAGGUCAUUUGGUUUGCCAGCGGGCACCGCGUCAUCUGGCAAGGCAGUGGGCACCGGGUCACCAGGUAUGACAGCGGGCUCUGAGUCAAUUGGCAUGACAGCGGGCACUGGAUCAGGUACCGGUUCAUCUGGAUCAACAGCGGGCAUCGAGUCAACUGGC